AUGCACCACCCUUCUGAUGCUGCAGCAUGGAAGCAUUUUACCAAGGUAUAUCCUGAUUUUGCGAAGGAAAGUCGAAAUGUUUAUCUAGGAUUAGCAACAGAUGGAUUUAAUCCAGUGGGUAUGAGCGGAGAAGCCCACUCGGUCUGGCCCGUCAUCGUAACUCCGUAUAACCUACCUCCUGGUAUGUUUAUGAAAAGAAAAUAUUUCUUUUUAUCAGUACUAGUUCCUGGGCCAAGGCAUCCAAAGAAGAGCAUUGAUAUUUAUCUGCCGCCGUUAAUUGAAGAACUAGAAAGUUUGUGGAGCGGUGGAGUUGAAGCAUAUGAUGUCUCGAAGAAGCAAAAUUUUACGAUGCGAGCCGCACUAUUGUGGACAAUAAAUGACUUUCCCGCUUACGGCAUGAUGUCCGGAUGGAUGACUCAUGCCCGGAAGCAUAGCUGGUUUGACUGCCAUAAAGUGUUCCUGCCUAGGGAGCAUCCUUACAGAAGAAAUGUCCAAGCUUUUCGAAAGGGGCAGACAAUAACUGAUGAUCCUCCACCAUGGUUAACGGGAGAAAAAUUUCUCCGCGAAAGAAUCAACAACAUCAAAGGAGUGAAAAAAACAGUAGAUUGUGGAGGUAAUGGACAUGAGAAACCUGCGAGAACCAUAAACGGCUACGGAAAAGACCACAAUUGGGUGAAGAAAAGUAUCUUUUGGGAUUUGCCAUAUUGGGAAAACCUUCUUCUUCGCCACAACCUGGACUUCAUGCACGUUGAGAAAAAUUUCUUUGAUAAUCUUAUCAACACGGUGCUUAAUGUUCCCGGGAAGACAAAAGAAAAUGCAAAGUCGAGGAUGGAUCUACCUGAUUUGUGCAGAAGGUCUGAGUUACAUAUGAAGGCUGAUGGAACGCUGCAUGUCCCGAUUUUCUGGUUGUCGAAGGAAGAAAAAAAGAAUUUCUGCGAUGCGACUUCUCCAUUUGCGUUUAAGGAAUUACUUCCCAAAAGUGUUCACAUUGCCAUUUCAGAGAUAGCACUUUUCUUUCGUGAUAUCUCUGCGAAGAUACUUAAGCACGAAGAUGUUGCUAUUUUAAAAGAAAACAUUGCGGUGAAGCUUUGCAAUUUGGAGAAGAUUUUUCCACCGUCGUUCUUUGAUAUUAUGGAACAUUUGGCCGUACAUUUAGCAGACGAAGCUGCUUUAGGUGGUCCAGUGCAAUAUAUAUGGAUGUAUCCUUUCGAGCGAUACAUAUACCAUCUGAAAAAGAAAAUUAAAAAUAAGGCACACAUUGGAGGUUCCAUCGUUGCACAAUAUGUGAAUGAAGAAAUAUCUACUGCUUCUGCAAACUUCUUUGGUAAUCCACAUGUGGUACCUGAGGUUCCACUUCCCGGAGAAGUUCGGUUUACAUAUCAAUAUCCAGAUGUGCCUAAUUUGUUUUAUCACGAAGGUCAGGAUGUUCGAGGAGUUUAUAACCCAUAUAUGUCUAGUAAUGACCUACAAAUACUGAAAGACAAACAUUUUGCCGAAUGGGUGAAAAACUAUGUUGUGCAAGCGAGUAACACAUAUGACUUUCUGAUGGGGAUGUUAGAUUUUGUACAAGGUCCGCAAUGUAAGUAUAAAUCUUGGCCGAUUUACCAUUCAUGUGGAUACUUCUUCCACACACAUAGCCAUGGCCAAGAUAAGAAAACCCAACAUUACGGCAUCCAAGUUCGUGGAACCACAGAUACUGACUAUUACGGUUUGAGCGAGGAGAUAAUAAUGAUUGAGUAUUUUGGUUAUGUUGGACUGAAGGCCAUGGUUUUUAAAUGUAAGUGGUUUGAUACAACUGAAGGGCGGGGAAUUCGAAAACAUAAAUCAGGAAUCAUUGAUGUGUCUCCGCGUUGGCAGUAUGAGAAAUUUGAUCCAUUUAUCUUAUCUGGUAAUUGUGAUCAAGUUUGUUUUAUUCCUUAUCCAUGGGUACGACAUACAUCAGCCAACGAUUGGUGGGCAUGUACAAAAUUUAUGCCUAGAGGGGUUCGAGAAACCUCCGAGGAUGCUCUUGUUGCGUUACAAGAUGAUACAGACUACCAAGUUGUUGCACAGAGCAUGAUGUUGCGCAUUGAGACGUAUGUUGUCGAAGAUGAUUCAGAUUAUGAAUCCACGCCAGUUGUUCCUCCUAAUGACAAAUACGUUUCAGAAGAUGAAUUAGACGAGGCUUGUACUGAUCGGGAUUCGGUAUCUGAUUCAAGUUCUUAG